CCAGGGCUGGGUGUCUCCUCAGAGGACACAAGGAUUACAGACAUCCCCCUUCCUGUCUUUUGAAGAUUUAGACAUGGCUAGAGAGCCCAAGCCCGGCCCUGCCCAGACAAGACAGAAGAGGCGGUGGGGCACAGCCAUUUCCUGCAGCAGUAAUUAUGACCUGGACUACGAGAUGUACAGGGACAAUGUCCCCUACAGAGUGUAUAAAUACCAGAGAAUCCCACCACUCAUCAACCACGUGCCUGUCAAGAUCCGAAAAACCUAUGUGGGCAUGGGAGUCAAGAGCAGCUUCAGUCCCCACAAGGCCCCCAGGAACAGCCACCGGGCCCCAGGGCAGAUCAAUUUCCAAGCAGAAGAGCUGCACUCCAUUAGGGGGGAACUGAGCCAGAUCAAAGCCCAGGUGGAUCACCUAUUGGAGAUUCUGGAACACAUGGACCAGCAGAGGGACCAGAUUUCAGGGACAGAGAAAAGUGGAGAAAACAGGGUCCCUGGAAAUAACGGUUCCUCACGCAGAACCACUGAACCCCAGCAGGAGCCCAGGGGCCCGAGGGCCCAUCCAGAGGCAGGCAGCUACAAGGAGAGCACAGACUCAGAGGAAGCAGUGAAGAAUCAUGCAUUAGACCAGGAGGGCAGCCAGUAGAAGGUUGGAACCCCUCCAGGCUUAUCUGCUCUAGGCACCUUCCCGGGUGGCUCCCUGUAUUGCCUUGUGUGACUUUUUGAAGACCUCCUAGUGGCACCUGUGAACCAGAGGCACCCAUCUGAAGUGAGGGCAAUGGAAGUGGAGGCACAGCUCCACCAGACCAGCCAGGAAGCCUCCCUGUAACAGCGGCUUUAGCUUUGGAGGUUGUGUUUCCAGAUGCUAGUCCUGGAGCUGGCAGGGAUGAGAGGAGGCCUGCAACUACCCAGGACCAGCUCACCAUCCUCAUGAAGCUGGGGCCCAGUCUUGCAAGGGGCAGCUAGACACGGCCCCCCAGGAGCACCAUCAGCCCCGACUGCUCUUCUCCCCUCACGAGCCCGCCCCCCCUCCCCCACUCCCCACCAAGUCCUGUCUGUGUGAGGAGCAUACCGCAGCAUCGGGCCCAGGCAGCUUUUUCCAGUCUCGGUAGUGUGUACAGGAAAUAUCCUACCGUCCCUUUGUCUGAAACUGAGCUUUAAGGUCCUCAGCUUGUGCCUCACAUAACCCCUUUUGGUUCCAGAUGCCCCAUCCAUCCUACAAAACCAUCCUUCAGAAUAGGGGUAUCCUUUUUCCAUCCUGUUUCUAUUUUGUCUCUUGCUGGUGACACUUUGUAUUUCAGAUCUGCUCUGGAAAU